CGGUGGGGACGGGGGAGCAGCCUCGGCGGAGCCAGCCGGGGGAGCAAGGCCGAGCGGAGGCGGAGGCGGCGGAGCUGGCCCCCGGAGCAGGAAUUGGGGCCCCUUCAUAACAGCAGGGCCCAAGCCAUAUCCAGGUUGCUACCUUGCUUCACUUAGCUCCCUCUACCCGUUGAAAAACAGCAGCUGUGACCAUGGGGAACAUCUUUGGAAACCUGCUGAAAAGCCUGAUUGGGAAAAAGGAGAUGCGCAUCUUGAUGGUGGGGUUGGAUGCUGCUGGGAAGACUACCAUCCUAUACAAGCUGAAGUUGGGGGAGAUUGUUACCACCAUUCCUACCAUAGGCUUCAAUGUGGAAACUGUUGAAUACAAGAACAUCAGCUUCACAGUUUGGGAUGUGGGUGGCCAGGACAAGAUUCGGCCCCUGUGGAGACACUACUUCCAGAACACCCAAGGUUUGAUAUUUGUGGUUGACAGCAAUGAUCGGGAAAGAGUGAAUGAGGCAAGAGAGGAACUGAUGAGGAUGCUAGCUGAAGAUGAGCUCCGGGAUGCUGUGUUGCUUGUCUUUGCAAACAAACAGGAUCUGCCUAAUGCCAUGAAUGCUGCUGAGAUAACGGACAAACUGGGCCUACACUCUCUGCGUCACCGUAAUUGGUACAUCCAGGCCACCUGUGCCACCAGUGGGGAUGGGCUAUAUGAAGGCCUGGACUGGUUGGCCAACCAGCUCAAGAACAAGAAGUGAGCGCCAGCCAAUGCCCACCCCCCACCUCCCUCCCAACAUGCUCCCACUCUCCACCCCAUUGUAAGUGUGGUGAGGACCCCAAGUACCAUGUCCACAUGUCUAGCAAAAGCCUUGCCCACUCCCCCUGACAGCUGACAUGAUCAGUCUUGUUUCCCAAUUGCUGUCCUGAUGAUUUGCUCCAAUUUAUUGGAUCUAAAACAAAACAAAAUAGAGUGUUGUGGUUUCAUGGAGUGGCCCCCAUAUUUUCACCACUCCCCCAGAGUUCUUAUGGGGAGAGGCUUCUCUGCCUUUGCUUGAUUUGGCUCUGAUUGUUGUGCUGUUGGCAACCAAGUCCCCUCCCUGUCUCCACAAGCCACUCCCUUAUUCCUUUGUCCCACCCCUUCUGCUUCUACAUGGAAAUUGCACGGGCCUCUGUAUGUGUGUGUGUAUGUGUGUAUGUGUGUAUGUGUGUGUGAGUGUAUAUACAUGUAUAGAGAAAUAUAUAAGAGGGGGCUAGGGAGAUGGACAGAGUUGGGGCAGGCACAGUUCAGGGCAUAAGACUUCCCCUCACCUGUCCCUGUCACUUCGCCAAGGAGGAUGAAGGGGAAAAGGUUUGAUCUGGGUUGGGUUAGGUUUCCCCGGGAGUCUCUGUUGUCAGUCAGUUCUGGACCUCUUUCUUCUGGUCUUCUGGCUGGUGAGUCUCUCAUUGGUUUCCCUGAAUGUGUGGCUUUCUUCUUCUACUGUUAGCCUCGGAGAGGAUGUCUCACCCUUCAAUUCUAGACUCUCCUACUAAGGAUAGGGGUGGCUAAGGAUAAGGACUGAGUUGGGGAAUGAGGGAGGUAGAGAAAGCCUUGCUUUCCAUUUUCAUUUCUUUGACUGUUGGCAGGUGAAGAUGCAUAUUGGAUAAGUGACUUCUAAGACACCAUACUCCUGCCUCUACUCCCUAUUUACAUAUUUCUAUUGAGGAAACAGCUCACUCACUCCCAAUCAUGAAUCCUCCCCAUCCCCAGCAGUCCUGCUGCUGGUCUCUCCAAGCCUAGCUGAUUUGCUUAGUGGAGAGUAUGAAAUGGGUUGUCUCUACCUCCAUCCUCUUCUUCUCCAUCUCUUUCCUCUUCUUCAUGGCUUCUCCAACCGAGGGACCACUGAAAUAUGAAGAUAUUCUUAUUUCUGGGCAUUCAGUCAACUCUCUCCACCUUUUAUCCAUUCCCCAGCUACAUUUGUCUCCUGCACUCAUAAGUUGGUCUUGAUAUUGGAGUGUAGCUUGAUAUCUAAGGUUACUGAAAUGUAAGUGGGAACUAGUGGAAGUUAAUCUGCACCCCACCCUUAUUACAUUGGUGUGUGUGUGUGUUUUUUUAAACCCUGCUGCUAUACUCUCUUCCCAAGAUUACAGGAGGUAUCAAACAACCGAGUUGUGAACUAGGAGGCCCUGUCCCUGUCUCCCCAAGGUUUCUGUGAAGCCUAAGGCUGCUUUUUGAGCUCCUGUGUGUGCUGGCUGCGCCCUGAGCUCCAAGACAGCCUCUGUAACACACCCUCCCUCUGGAAAGUUGGGGCCCCCAUGGGAAUCUUUCUAUAGCCUUCUCAGUAUAGGGCCCCUCUCUAGAUAGGAUUUUUUAUGCCAUCCCCUGGAAAGGAGAUCCUUCCCCUAUAUCUGCCAGGAAUGCCCUUCCACUCCCACUUGAAUCCUCACUGCAGCAGACAAGUCAGCAUGCCCUCUGUCCCCUCAUCUUUCCCAGAGUGAACUGUGAAGAGAGUUUCCUUGGGGGUAGCUCCCCCUUUUGCCAGUUACUUAGUGAAUAAUUUAUUCAGGAUGUGUUGGGUGUUUGCAAGUUGUCUUUCUCUCUGGGCCUUUGUGUGUUCGUUGAUGGGGAGGGGUUGGGGUUUCUGGUUUGUCUGUUUUAACAACUGUGCCCUGUCCCUAGGAAAGCAUUAAGACUUCUGUCUUUUGCUUUACUUCUUUGUCCUUGCCUCUCUUUUGUCUCUUUUCUAUCUUCUGUUUCUCUUUUCUCCUUUCUUUCCUUCCUAUCUCUAUCUCCUUGCUCUCUGCACUCCUGAUUUCUUUGUUCCUUGCACUUGAUGGUGACUUUGUCUUUCUAAAAUUUCCCUUGCCCUUAUCUGCUCCGUGAGCUAUCCUAGCUUUGGAUCAGGCCAAAUAGGCCAAAUUGAGGAUCUUAUCCCAUUCCCCUUCCUUCUUUGAAGAAAUGUGCCUGGGAGAAUAGGAAAACAGCUUUCUCAGCUGAAUCCCAAAGCCUCUUCUGAAAGGGUUUCUUUAUAAUUAAUAGCAGUGAUGGGACAGAAAAAGAGAACCCUUUGGAGGCAGGGCCUCCCUAUGGAAACUCCCGGGGACAUUGCUUCAUACCCUACACCUUUCUGUUCAGAAGACCCUCUCCCCCCAACUACUUUGGAGGGCUGUGAAAAGACACUGCUGAUUGCCUUGGCUGCUUUUGCCUCUGGGGAGCCUUCCUCCCUAUCCCCAGGGUGGGGCAUCAUCUCGGCAUUCCUGUUGUCCUGGAUCUCUCUCUCCCAGGACUGGGCAUUUCAUUCAGAUGAGUGCUUCUUCCCUACCCCCACCCCCUGGUGGAUUUAAUUUUCUGUAUUCUCUAGCUCCAGACUCCCCCUUCCCUGGGGACAUUCCCCCAGCCCCCAAGUCUGUGUGUGGUGUUACAGUGUUUACUGCAGUUCUGAACUGGUUUUUCUCUUUUUCCUCCUCUGGAAUAUAGAUUGUACAUGUUUAACAAACUCACCAUCUCUCUUAUUGCUCAAAAUGUGGGAUACGCGAUGACUGUGACCCUGGUUGGAUAUUAAACAUGUUUUAUGUA